CAGAGGGAGUGCAUUUCCAUCCACAUCGGGCAGGCGGGCGUGCAGAUGGGCAACGCCUGCUGGGAGCUGUACUGCCUCGAGCACGGCAUCCAGGCCGAUGGGACCAUUCCCGGCCCCAAGGUGGCGAAACCCGUGGAGCCAGAGGCCGAACAAGUGGAUUCGUCUUUUGAGACCUUCUUCUGUGAGACGGCGUCUGGGAAGCACGUGCCCCGGGCGGUGUUCAUAGACCUGGAGCCCACUGUCAUUGACGAGAUCCGGACUGGGACCUACCAUGGGCUCUUCCACCCGGAGCAGCUCAUCAGCGGCAAGGAGGAUGCUGCCAACAACUAUGCCCGUGGCCACUACACCAUUGGGAAGGAGAUUAUAGACACUGUACUCAGCAGGAUUCGCAAAAUGGCUGACCAGUGCAGCGGCCUCCAAGGGUUCCUGGUCUUCCACAGCUUUGGGGGAGGCACGGGCUCGGGGUUCACCUCCCUCCUCAUGGAGCGGCUCUCUGUGGAGUACAGCAAGAAGUCCAAGCUAGAGUUCUCCGUGUACCCAGCCCCACAAGUCUCCACAGCAGUGGUGGAGCCCUACAACUCCAUCCUCACCACCCACACCACCCUGGAGCACUCCGACUGCUCCUUCAUGGUGGACAACGAGGCAAUCUACGACAUCUGCAACCGCAACCUGGACAUCGAGCGUCCCACCUACACCAACCUCAACAGGCUCAUUGGGCAGAUCGUCUCCUCCGUUACAGCUUCCUUGAGAUUUAACGGUGCCUUGAAUGUUGACCUGAUUGAAUUCCAGACCAACCUGGUGCCUUACCCGCGGAUACACUUCCCACUCACAACCUAUGCGCCCAUCAUCUCAGCAGAGAAAGCCUACCACGAGCAGCUGUCGGUGCCGGAGAUCACCAACGCUUGCUUUGAGUUCUCCAACCAGAUGGUGAAGUGCGAUCCGCGCCGUGGCAAGUACAUGGCGUGCUGCCUGCUGUACCGGGGCGAUGUGGUGCCCAAGGACGUGAACGCGGCCAUCGCGGCCAUUAAAACCCGCCGGUCGAUCCAGUUUGUGGACUGGUGCCCCACAGGCUUCAAGGUGGGUAUCAACUACCAGCCGCCCACGGUGGUGCCCGGGGGGGACCUGGCCAAGGUGCAGCGCGCUGUCUGCAUGCUGAGCAACACCACGGCCAUCGCCGAGGCGUGGGCCCGCCUGGACCACAAGUUUGACCUGAUGUAUGCUAAGCGCGCCUUCGUGCACUGGUACGUGGGCGAGGGCAUGGAGGAGGGGGAGUUCUCGGAGGCCAGGGAGGACCUGGCUGCCCUGGAGAAGGAUUAUGAGGAGGUUGGAAGGGACUCAGCAGAUGGAGAAGAGGAUGAGGCUGAUGAGGAUGAGUACUAA